UUGAUCAAACAUAGAGGAGUCUCGAGUUCGCUUUGAAAAGACUAUUUCCGGAAACGGCUCUCUGCGUGUCAACUGCAUUCAAAAGAUAACGCUGGACCAAGAUCGUGCGGUCGUAUUGUAUUAACGAUGUUUCUCGGAGUCAUGCUAUCAUUGGGUGCAGCAUUAAGAUGACGGUAAAAGAAAACAACGAUGAGGCAUCUCCAACUACCUGCAACUAUACAAGCAAAGCAUCUUCCUCGCUCCUGAAACUCUCUACCGAUCUGCCUUGCAUCUGUGAUCCCGGUGCUUAUUCCCAUCAUGGCGGUGGGCAUCUUACCGGAUGGGGGAGCAUCCCGGACCGAAAGACGGACCGCAGGAGGCAAGGCGUGUCAUCGCGGACCCCGAGGAAACCUUUCCCUUCGCGGUUGUACGAGGCGACCACUUGGGACAGCCGGUCCGACGACUAUACCUUCAGACAUUGCGAGAAUAUUGGCUCCUACAUGGAGCAGUACCGACGGGACCACACCGUCAUGGACACGGGGCGGACCCGCAAUCGUGCUUCUGAUGAGAUGGUCGUCUUUCUGCCGAGUAGGUCUGCAUCGAAUCUUGGAUCCAACCAGGGAGCAAGGAAAACGGACUAUCUUCGUUUACCAUCCGUCCGAGAUAAACGAUCCACAGUGUCGCCAGCUACAGUCACCAUAAUCGACCAACAUGGCGUCAACAGAUGCCAAGUGCGUGAAGAUUCCCCAAGGGCAAGCUCCAGAGAGCAGCACGGCGCAAUGUCGGUAUCUCGACAAAAUGGCCAGCCAGCACCUACCAAAACUCCCCAAACCAAGGGAAAGCGCAAAAAUGGGCGGAGUAAAGUGGGUAAUGGGAACGUAGGGGGCGCCAAAUCUAAGACCGUCACGAUUGACUCGUACACGGGAGGGACAUUUGUCAACAUCGUAGGCGAGUUACGGGCGGAGAUAGUGGGCAGCAAACUCAGCCGGAUUGGUAGAAACAGUGCGAAGACCGAAUCCGUGUCAUCACAAAGCAACAGCUGGUUUUCGUUGGAGAGAUCGCGAAGCCACCUGAGAACGAGUUCGUUUGGCAGCAUGGCGCCCUCUGGCGACAGAGGGAUAAACAACUUGAAACAGCCAAUCAAGCAUCUCGGUCGCGAUGACGUCACUCAGGCAAGGUCGUAUGAAACUUGGGAGAGUCUUUGGCGUGACAAUUUCAGAACUCUAGGAAGUUUAAACAUCGAGGGUGCCAUGAACGACGGACCCAGAAAUGCCAGGCUCAAGACGCACAAACUCGAAAACGAACAAACGGACCGCAUUAGAAUUCCAUACAGAGCCUCGAUAUCACCCCGAGACAAUCAUUACGACGCCAUGCCAGAGAUUGCCUUGGGGGAAACGGGAACCAUGACCAUGACUAAAUAUUUGGAUUCCCGUGCACUGUUUCAAGCAAACUCUUUCCGUGGUAAUAACCGUCACGUGACGACUAGAACUCGUCUACCAAUCAGUCAACAGCGGAGGGCUCCGCCCCUUUCUCAGGAUACUAUUGUAGUUGGCAGGGGCUCGCCGUUAAGAACAGAAGAACAAUACUGCAUUGACAAGUAAACUUAGAAAAUCUGUCGGUUGAGUCCUGCCAACAUGUCAUAAAAACUGAAUGCAAACCAAUUCUUGCCUUAUAAAAUUUAUAUACAUAUCUUGUGGCCAUCAUACUACUUUGAUUCGUACCCAUGUCCUACCCAAAAGCACUAUAGCUGAUACAGCUGGUCUCUUUCACAAAAUAAAAUUCACCAAAUGAAGUUAUUCUUUCCAUUGUACGAAUGUAGAACAUUCAUUAUUUGUUUUGUUCAACGCAUAAAGAAAUCCAUACGUAAGUACGUUCAAAGUAGACCAGCUAUGUUCUCAGUCCCGCCGCAAACAUAGGCUGGAAAGGGGUUUAACGGAAAGGGAUGUCGUUAUUUGGCCAUAGCCUUGCACUGUUAAAUGAACAAAAAUCAGUGUUAUCCCAAGUGAUUGUGAGAUCAAAGUCGCUGACUUUUUUCGGGUGGGAACCGACAAUCUUCUGCUAAGGCCAAAAAAAAAAAAUAAA